GUCUACUUUACUUUAAGCUUUAAAAAAAAAAGUACAAAAACGCACAACACUAUUUUUCAACGGAGCAAAUACUAAAAACCAAUAGAAAUUCUUAGCGCAAUGGCGGGGGAAGCGGGAGAUGUGACAUCGAUGAAUUUUCUGACCGGCAGCAGCUUUGAGGGAUCGUGGAACUCCUCGGUGCGUAUGAUGGAUGGCUUUGGCAGCUAUCGUUAUCCGGACGGCAGCGAGUAUAGGGGCAGGUUUUCGAAUGGCAAAUUCCAUGGCUUCGGCCACCUGAAGCUGGCCCCGCCCUAUCGCCUCACAAUCAAGGGCGAGUUCAAGAACGGCAAACUGGUGAACGUUGAGGAUAUGUGGUUCAGCGAUGGCUUGCAUGUGAAGGGCUCCUUCGAGAACGAUCAGUUUGUGAGCGAUGAAUGGGACUAUUUGACGCCGAGCGAUCGUCGCUAUCAGGCGGAGCGGCACUAUGGCCAGCAGCCAGUGGGUCCCACGGCGUAUCUGACCAAGAGUUUGCCGCCACGACAAGUGCCGGCAAAGUGCUUCGAUGUAGAGGAGGGGCUCUACAAUUCUGCCUCUGGCUGGCUGUUCGAUAGGGAGCCGCCAUUUACAAAGGCCCUUUACAUUGGCUGCGCGCAGGAGAGGGAUUGGAUAAUGCGGUACUGUCGUACCCAGCCGUUUGCGGACUUUAUAGAGCCGCUGCCCAGUUUUUGCAGGGAUAUUGUCAAGAACAAUCUGGAAACUGAGUUGGGCCAACUGAAGGACAUCGCCAUCUACGCACCCAACCAGGAGAUCAAUCGCAGUCGCUACUUCCCCAAAGUGUGCCACGAGAAGCUGCCGGUGGACACAGAGCAGCCGCGAUAUGAGCGCCCGUCAUUCCAAAUGCUAAACGCCACCGAGCUCUGCCUGGACGAUCACAUCGCCAAGGAGCAGGUCAAAGCGGAGGAGCACAAAACAGCGUGGAUAAACAGUCGUGAGACCGGCACAAUGCCACCAAUGCCAAGGGAUCGCGUGUGGACGAGCAGCUCAGAUCCGCGAGGCGGCGACUCUGGCGUCUCCUGCACCAUCUCCAAGAGCAUGUCGGAGAAGAACCUCAAAACGAACGUGAGAACCUACUACGAAGCGGCGAUGGAACUGGCGGGCAAGAAGCAUGCCGAAAGCUUGUACGUGGUCCAAUCGAACAUGAAGCGUCCGGCUAGCUUUGCGGACAUACGUCAAUCAGUGUUUGAAUUUUAAUAUCAAGUAUGAUUCAAUUAAGUUUCCAAAGUAAAUUCAAGUAGAAAUAAAAACAAUCGGGA